GAAAUAUCGAUAUUUUGCAUAUCGAUUGUGGUUUUGUCAGUCUGACAGCUGCUUUAAGGUUAUACUACUAUUGUAGUGGACUUGAAUUCGCAUAAUUAUUGCUAUUGGUCUUCACAUUACAUAACUAACCAGCUAUGUCUCAGGCUCCAGUUCGUGUCUCGCCGCUUAUCAAGCUCGGAAGAUGGUCCUUGCUGGUUGUGGGUAUUGCCUAUGGCGCUGCUCACCAAAGCCGACUCUCCAAGAAGGAGGCGAAGGUGCGCGAAAUCGAAGCUCAACAGAAGGCCGUUCGUGAUGCCAAAUUAGCCGAAGAGAAGAAGCGCAGUGCUGAGGCUGAGGCUAGAGCUCUGGCCGAGCUGUCGAAACCACGUCCCCAUUAGAGUGCAUCUUUAGUUUCUUAUUAUCAGUUAAUUAACUGCUUCUACAAGUGCUCGCUCUAACAACAACAA